AUGGUGGUCGUACCCUAUGCAGACGGAGAAUACCACUCGGCUUCGGAUUUCGAGAGAGGAAACUUAGGCCCGUUAAGCAGCAAGACUAGUGCCGAUGGUGGCAGUGCCAAUUCCGGCCACGGUUCUGCCAACCACGAUCAUGGCGAAGUCCAAGGCGCUGGCUUGGAGGGCAACUCCACCCAGGAGGAUAAUGGUACCCAGAACAAAGCCCAGUCGACGUCUCUCAUGCCAGAUAAACCACCAAGAGACGAAGAAGUUGCCAAUGACAUUGCCCUAGCUGAUCAUACUAGCCACGACGCCUUCCCACCCACUGGACAGGUGGAGGUAAUUGUCGAAUUUUAG